CAUGUCUACCCAAAAUAAACGAGUGCAAAGACAGUGAAUACAAUGUGAAAAAAAUGUUUCCCUAUCUAGAUUACUAAAAUCACAAGCAUGCGUUAUUUUUUAGCCUAAAUCUCCAACAAAUCCAUCAAAGCUCAAAUUGAUUUACAUUUUUCCGACAGCGCGAGAAGAUGGCACGCCGUUGACGUCCUACGUCAUCUCUUCGCGACACGUCAACACGCAGCUCUUAGCGAGAUGAGCUAACGCAGCGCAACUCGGCAAACAGUGAUAAUAAAAACUUUCCAGACAUACUCAAACGCAUUUUGUGGCAGCAUUCUGAGAAGUAGGACUGAAAGAGUUUAUUUAAAACAGUUAUUUUAAAAUUUGUGUAUAAUUUGAUUUGAACGAAGGCUGCGGUGACGCGGAGUCAGCAGCUCUGGCAUGUGUCAACAAAUCGUGGACUGACUGAAUACAGUAAAUAACCACCGUAGUUUUUGUUUUUACCAUAAAGACUGCGGCUUUUAGGCUCUGCUGUGGGUUUCAGGAUGAAUGAAGAAGAGCUGGUGGAGUACUUCAGGGCUCAGAUGAGGAAAGACCCGGACAUGGCCUCUGCUGUGGCCGCUAUCCGCACUCUGCUUGAAUUCCUCAAGAGAGACAAAGGGGAAACUAUCCUGGGCCUGAGGGAGAGCCUGACGGGGGCCACAGACUGCCUGACAGGAGUGGACUCCUCUGUGGCCGUGUCUUCAGGAGGAGAGCUCUUCCUGCGCUUCAUAAGUCUCACAUCACUGGAGCACCAGGAUCUGUCUCGCUGUAAGAAGGUGAUGGAGGAGAGAGGAGAACUAUUUCUAGAGAAGAUCUCAAUGUCCAGGACCAAGGUUGCUAAGCUCUGUCACACCUUCAUCAAAGAUGGCGCUAAAAUCCUGACUCACUCGUAUUCCAGAGUCGUCCUCAGGGUGCUGGAAAAAGCUGCAGCUGAGAAGAAACGCUUCUCUGUCUAUGUGACUGAAUCGCAGCCUGACUCAGCUGGGCGACAGAUGGCAGAGGCCCUGAGAAAACUCAAUGUUCCAGUCACAGUAGUCCUGGAUGCAGCUGUGGGCUAUGUCGUGGAGAAAGUAGACCUAGUUAUUGUUGGUGCGGAGGGAGUUGUUGAGAGCGGAGGGAUCAUCAACAAGAUCGGCACUUAUCAGAUGGCCGUGUGCUCUAAAGCUCACAACAAGCCCUUCUAUGUAGUGGCUGAGAGUUUCAAAUUUGUCCGUCUCUAUCCGCUCAACCAACAGGACGUGCCAGAUAAAUUUAAGUACAAAGCAGACACCCUGAAGACCUCACAGAACCUGUCGGAGGAGCAUCCGGUGAUUGAUUACACACCUCCCUCCCUCAUCACCCUCCUCUUCACUGACCUGGGAGUCCUCACCCCGUCUGCUGUGAGCGACGAACUCAUCAAGCUUUAUUUAUAACUGUGCCUCACAAUUCUCAAUAAAACCCACUAUCAAAAGGUAAACAAAUGUCAAA